AUGCUGCUAGAAGCUGGCGCCGAAGAAAACCUCCAAGAUGACGAUGGCUGCUCACCUUUGCACACUGCAGCUGGCGCCGGCUACGCGGAUGUUGCGCGCGGGCUUCUUGAAGCCGGUGCGGACACGGGAUUGAAGGACUCGAAUGGCUUCACAGCCCUUCAUCGCGCAGCCUCCGAAGGCCGCGUCGAGCUUCUGCGCCUGCUGCUGGAAGCCGGGGCAAGCCAAGACGCGCAGGAUGACUAUGACUACACAGCUCUUCACUGCGCCUCAGUGAACAAUCACAUCGAGGCUGUCCGCUUGCUGCUGCAAGCAAGAGCUGACACCGAGGUGCAGGAUGAGCAACGGCUUACAGCCCUGCAACGCGCAUCUCAGAUGGGCCUAAUUGAGAUUGCACACCUGCUGGAAUCGCAUGCUGCACACGCUUUUGCUUCCCAUGUGCCCUGA